CGGUGCCCGCUGCAUGGUGUGCCGCGCCGCCCUGGCCGGCCUGGCCGGCGGCUGGUCUGUGCAGAGCUGCUACACCAAGCACGGCCAGCAGGUGUUCCUUACGCUGCUGAUGGACAUCCUGCUGCCUGGCGGAGACGUGGCCAGGGUGUCCGGCUGUGACGACCGCGUCUGCGACGGCUGCGCCUCGCUCCUGAACGAGGUGGACGAGUGCAGCCACAAGCUGCGCGCCGCUCGCCAGCAGAUCCGCGACAAGUACAAGAUGGCCGCGCUGGCCGCCGGCGACGCCGCCAUGGCCCACCAGGUGGUGGCCGCGGCAGCCAGGGACGUCAGCGGCCAGAAGCACGAGGUCGCCCUACUGGAGGAGACGGAUCUCAUGGAGCAGGUCGCUGGGAGCUCACCUGUUCAAGAGUCUCCUGCUAAGGCAGACGAGUUGCAGCCGGUGGAGGAGGCGUCUAGCGCCUCGCUGCGCCGAGCGACACUGCGCUGUCCUACCUGUCCGCGCCGGCUCAGGACGCCCGCUCUGCUGGCCAGCCACGCGGCCAAGUGCCGACCACCGGCCGUCGCCGACGUCGCCGACGUCGCCGCCGACGUGGCGGGCGGCGCCAUCCCGGCCGACGUCGAGCCCCAGCUGUCCUGCCACUGCGGCGAGCAGUUCGGCACCGCCGCCCAGCUGACGCUGCACAAGCGCACGCGCCACUGGGACGCCACCAAGUACCUCUGCGACGUUUGUAACGUACAGCUGAAGAAUCCGCGAGCGUUCGUCGAGCACAUGCGCAAGCACGGCGAGACGCGGCCGUUCCGGUGCGACGAGUGCGACAAGCGCUUCACGCUGGCCAGCAGCCUGCGCACGCACCGGCGCUUGCACACCGGCGACAAGCCGUACCAGUGCGAGCUGUGUGGCCGGGCGUUCUCGCAGCACACCUCGCUGCAGAGCCACCGGCGCACGCACACCAACCAGCGGCCGCACGCCUGCGACGAAUGCGACCGCACCUUCCGCGAGACGCACGCGCUCAAGAAGCACAAGCUGAUCCACUCGGGUGAGAAGCCGUACCGCUGCGAGCUCUGCGACCAGCGCUUCCGGCAGAAGGGCGUGCUGCAGCGGCACAUACGCACGCACACGGGCGAGCGGCCGUACCGCUGCGACCAGUGCGACGGCGCGUUCAUCGAUUCUGGCGCGCUCAAGAUGCACAAGAUCCAACACACGGGCCAAAAGCCGUUCUACUGUGAGCACUGCGGCAAGGGCUUUUCCGACUCGUUCUGGUUCAACAAGCACAAGAUGUACCACAGCGGCGAGCGGCCUUUCCAGUGCGACGUCUGCCCCAAGGCGUUCACGGACGCACGCAUCCUGCGCCACCACAAGAAGCUGCACUCAGGCGACCGGCCCUACAUCUGCUACGUGUGUGGCGCGCGCUUCAGCAACUCGUCCCACCUGACGCGUCACAACCACAUCCACACUGGCGCCAAGCCGUUCGGGUGCGACGUGUGUCGGCAGACGUUCCGCGACAAGUCGACGCUGAAGCGACACCUGAAGACGCACAGUUGUCGCAAGACGCUCAGCUGUCCCGACUGCGCGCGCACCUUCCCGCGGCGCGACGCGCUGUUGGCGCACCGCCGCGAGCCGUGUGUGGAUGCGCUGGCGCUGGCCGUGAGCGCCGCCGGGCCGCCGGGCUUCACGCACCCCGAGAAGCCGCUCUACAGCCUGAAGCCGCUGCAGCCGGAGCUGGCCGCCGACGGCGCCGUGCUGCAGCUGCAGCCGGUGCAGCCGACGCUGCCCGGC